AUGGAUGCCCCUCAAUACGUCUUCGGUGCCCAGGGCUUCGGUGCCACCUGGGUCAGUGGUAACAUUGACCGGCUGAUGGUGGCCCUCAAGGAUGCCGGCAUUCAGCGUUUUGACACUGCUGCCCUUUAUCCAGCUACCAAUCCUGGUGUUUCGGAGAAGCUCCUCGGCGAAAAGAAGCCCGAGAAUGCUAUCAUCGACACCAAGAUUAUGUUCAUCGGAGAUGGUUCACUCUCCAUGAAGAACAUUGGCAAAUCGAUCAAUGAUAGCCUGGACCGACUGAAGAUCAAGAAGAUCCACACCCUCUACGCUCACGCCCCGGACCGCACAGUCCCCAUCGCCGAGCAAGCCGCAUACUUCGACCACUACUAUCGACUGGGCCUUUUCGAAAACCUUGGCUUGUCCAACUACACCCCAGCCAUGGUUCGCGAGUGGAUGGACGUGGCAGUGGAGAAAGACUUCGUCAUGCCAUCUGUCUACCAAGGCCAAUACAAUGCUACCUCGCCCUUGGCUGGUGGCUUCCUGACUGGUAAACUAUCCUACCACCCGACACUCCAAAGCUUGGAGGGGACCCGCUUCGAGGUUGGAGAGGGAAACAUGGUGGGCGCACUUUACCGCAUGUGGUACGACCAGCCUGCAUUCCACGAUGCCAUGCGUGAGCUGGAUAACAUGGCCAAGGAGCAUGACUCUACUGGGGCUCAGUUUGCUCUGCGCUGGUUGCUCUUCCACUCUCAGUUGAAGAGCUCUGAUGAAGUUGUGAUUGGUCCGAGCCACUUCGAGCAGCUUCAAUGCUAUCUCGAUGCCCGUAAGGCUGGCCCGCUGCCCGAUAACAACGCAGAGAAGGUUAAUAUGCUGUUCCCGGCAUUGCGGGGCCUUUCGAAGACUAUCAUUGAGAAGGGAUGGUGGUCUCUGUGA